AUGAACUCUGGGAUAAAGAUUUGGUCUCGCUCGCCCAGUAUGGAGAGUGACUGCAAGCAACACGAGGGCAAUACACUCUCCCACACCUCCAGUAUGGACAGUGACUGCAAGCAACACGAGGGCAAUAGAUGCUCCCACACCUCCAGUAUGGACAGUGACUGCAAGCAACACGAGGGCAAUACACUCUCCCACACCUCCAGUAUGGAGAGUGACUGCAAGCAACACGAGGUCAAUAGAUGCUCCCACACCUCCAGUAUGGAGAGUGACUGCAAGCAACACGAGGGCAAUACACUCUCCCACACCUCCAGUAUGGACAGUGACUGCAAGCAACACGAGGGCAAUACACUCUCCCACACCUCCAGUAUGGACAGCGACUGCAAGCAACACGAGGGCAAUAGAUGCUCCCACACCUCCAGUAUGGACAGUGACUGCAAGCAACACGAGGGCAAUACACUCUUCCACACCUCCAGUAUGGAGAGUGACUGCAAGCAACACGAGGUCAAUAGAUGCUCCCACACCUCCAGUAUGGACAGUGACUGCAAGCAACACGAGGGCAAUACACUCUCCCACACCUCCAGUAUGGACAGUGACUGCAAGCAACACCAGGGCAAUAGAUGCUCCCACACCUCCAGUAUGGACAGUGACUGCAAGCAACACGAGGGCAAUAGAUGCUCCCACACCUCCAGUAUGGACAGUGACUGCAAGCAACACUAG